CGGGGCGGCGGCCACGCCCCCCCCGCCCCGCGGAACCUCUGUGCGCGGCGUGCGGGGCCGGGCGGGCCGGGCAGUGCGGCGGCACGAUGAGCACGAAGCAGGUGACGUGCAGGUACUUCUUGCAGGGCGUGUGUCGGGAGGGCAGCAAGUGCCUCUUCUCCCAUGACCUGGCCACCAGCAAAUCCUCCACCAUCUGCAAGUACUACCAGAAGGGGCAGUGUGCCUACGGCUCCCGCUGCAGGUAUGACCACGUGAGGCUCCCUCCGGGCGGAGCCGCGGCCCCGCCGCCCCCCGCGGCCCCGGGCAGCCCCCGGGUGCCCCCCGAGCACGGCCCCGCCGCCUCGCGCAGCCGGAGGGAGAAGAGGACGCUGGUGCUGCGGGACAGGAACCUGUGCGGCUCCAGCGAGGAGAAGGCGCGGCCCAGCGCGGCCGGGGCCGUGCCGUGCUGCAGCGAGCCGGGCGACAGCGAGGAGGCCAAGCCGCACUCGUACCUGGAGGCCAUCUGCAGCGGGCUGGAGGAGGCGGGGCCCGGCGGCUGCCCGGCCGCCGCGGAGCAGCUCUGUCCCUAUGCUGCUGCCGGCGCCUGCCACUUCGGGGAGCGCUGCCUCUACCUGCACGGGCAGCUCUGCGAGAUCUGCGGCCUCCAGGUGCUGCACCCCUUCGACCCGGAGCAGAGGAAGGCCCACGAGAUGAUGUGCAUGGCCACCUUCGAGCACGACAUGGAGAGGGCCUUUGCCAUCCAGGCCAGCCAGGACAAGGUGUGCAGCAUCUGCAUGGAGGUGGUGUAUGAGAAGCCCUCGGCCUCGGAGAGGAGGUUUGGGAUCCUGUCCAACUGCACCCACACCUACUGCCUGUCCUGCAUCCGCCAGUGGAGGUGUGCCAAGCAGUUUGAGAACCCCAUCAUCAAGUCCUGCCCCGAGUGCCGCGUGAUCUCCGAGUUUGUCAUCCCCAGCGUGUACUGGGUGGAAGAGCAGGAGAAGAAAAAUGAGCUGAUUGAAGCAUUUAAGCAGGGAGUGGGGAAGAAGCCCUGCAAGUACUUUGAGCAAGGCAAGGGGACGUGUCCCUUUGGGGGGAAGUGUCUGUACCUGCACGCCUACCCCGACGGGACCCGCGCCGAGCCCGAGAAGCCCAGGAAGCAGCUGAGCUCCGAGGGCACCGUCAGGUUCUUCAAUUCCGUGCGCCUGUGGGACUUCAUCGAGGACAGGGAGAGCAGGAGCGCGCCCGGUGCCGACGCCGAGGUCACGGAGCUGGGGGAGCUCUUCAUGCACCUGGCUGGGGCUGAGGAGGAGCCCAGUGCUGCCAGGGAGCACCCACAGCCCCUCUGAGCCCCCAGUGCAGCUGGGUGCCAGCCAUGCUUUUAUCUCUCCAGCACAGGUAGAACAAAACGUGCCCUGGUGGUUACUUGUGCAGUCCUGGUAAAGUUUUCAGAUAGUUUUUAUAUGGCAACAACAAAAAAAGACUAAAAUAUAUUUAAAAGAAAAAAAAAAUUGGCUGCAUGGAAAAAAAUCCCUUAAUCCCCAGGAGGGUUUUCUCCCUCUCUGGCCUAACAUAUGCUGUCUUGUGAGCUGAGUGGUAGUGUAAAUACAGGUCCAGUGAAAGCUUAAGCUGGUAAAAACUGUUGCUAAUUAGAGUUUGGGUGCUCUUGGGUUUUUUCUCCACUAAAUCAGCUAAAUGUAUAACUACAAAACCCACUGGGAAUAAUGGUCAGUGUAGGGUUUUCUCCUUAAGAAGGAGCUGGUCAUUUUACCUCAGAUAGUACCUGGAGUUCAGAGUGGAGGCUGGUGGAUUCUCUGGGCAGGCCUGGCUCUCCAGGUGCUGCCAGUGGAGCUCCCAGCCUGUUUUACACUAAUCCCAGUGCUCAGAGGCAGCAGAGGCAGCUGCACUGAUUCCUGCACUCACUGGGGCUGGGGAGCUGCAGCAGAGAUGGGUGAGUGUUCCCACAGAGCCAGGAGUGCCUCCAAGCAGCUCAGCGCCUCCAGUGCCCUGUGCCCCAGCGAGGCCCAGGAGGGCUGAGGGAUUCAUGCACAUCUGCUGAGUUAACAGAACUGGAGCUGAAUUCUGGCUCUGUUAAAAAUGUGAUUCUGUUGGUGUGGCAAAGGCAGUUAGGUUGUGAAAUCUGGCACCAGAAGUUAAUUCUGCCAAGUCAACUGUUUGAACUUGGAAUUUAAAUCAAGAAUUCAGUGAGCACUGCAGUGGCUGCUGAGUACAACAGCAUGGACACACCUGAGCAGGAGCUGUCACUGACUCAGCCCCUGGUAAAUGAGCAGUGUUUGUAAACACAGACAGAGGUGGGGUUUGGUUUAAAACAGCCUGGUUGCAGUGGAAGGCAGGUGUGUAACUGCUUUGGUUAUUAUCCUUAAAAAUGUGGAAGAAAGAAAGGCCAGGAGCAGAAAGGUUUGUAAUCAGCACCAGUGGAUCAGUGAUGGUCACAGCCUUGAUCCACCAGGGGUAGGAAUGAUGAAGCCAAAUGUGUUCAGAGAGCCCUGGGCACACAGGGCCAGCCCGGGGUGGUGGCAGCAGGCUCUGGGUCCCUGCUGGGAGGGAGCAGCAGGAACCUUAACCUGGGAUUCCAACAGCUCUAGCUGGCACCAGAGCAGUGACUCCAGGAUGAUCCCUUCAGCUGCUGCUGGCAUUUCUGCCUCAGGAGCUCCUUCCCUCUGCCAGCUGUGCCCUCUGUUCUCACCUGCAGUUAAACUUCCCCAUCAUUUUCCCCCCAGGUCAUUCCCCCCAGUGCUCAGUGCACAGCCAGCUCUGGCCUUGCAGUGGCUGUACCAACAUCAGUUCCCAUCUCUUGGUAAAAGUGGCCCAGCAAAGCUCUGAAGUCCAACAGUGCAAUUGGUCAGCACUAAUUACAAAGCAGAAGGUGAAUUAUCCCUGAGAGGGAUGUCCCAGUCCAAGAUCAAGGACACCCCAACACCCUCUGUACCCCAGAAUGCUUCCCCAGCCCUCACCCUCCCACUGAAGCUCAUUUCCAUCUGCUCCUGCACAUAAUUAUUUUUCCCCCAGAAAGAAAUAUUGUCAGAAAUACACUAAAAAACAAAACAAACAAACAAAAAAAAAAUCAAUGGAGAGGAUGUUCUUUACCCUAAACAGGACAUUCCUGAUUUACUCUGCCCAAGAAGCCAUGAGGGAUAGUCUGAAAUUAAAAA